AUGCUUGCUUCCCCAAUCCUUCCUUCACCCGGCUUCUCGGAAGAGGCCACCCAAUACCGCCCGGCUAAAGACAUAGAGGCUUUUAACAGCCUGCUGCCACCGCCGAUCGAAUUCGUUGAAGGAUCGUCGACCGGCGCGUUAGCCAUCCCAGAGGGCAAAUACCAGCCCAUCAACGCGACACCGAAGCCUACAAAAGUGGAGGGCCACGAUGCGAGGAAAGGGCUCCAAUCCACCCCCGCAAAGUCCCCCAAAGCUCCGAAGGCGUCGAGCAGCGUUAGCAAGCCUCUGUACGACGGGGCCAUUCCCUCGACAUGGCCGGAGGGUAUGAGUAUUGGAUCGGGCCUAAAUAAUACAGGGAACACCUGCUUCUUAAAUAGUGCACUGCAGUGCCUCAUCCACACGCCUCCCUUGGUCCAUGUCCUCAUGGCUCAUAGCAAGACCGAUCCUUGUCGCGUCCCCAAGGCGGCGUUCUGCAUGUCUUGUGCCCUUCGACAAGUGAUGUACGAGUCCCAUUCGAGUCGACGUCCAUUUACCCCCUACCCCAUCACGACUAAGUUGCAGGUCAUCGCUAAGCACCUGCGUAGGGGAAGGCAGGAGGAUUCGCAUGAAUUCCUCCGCUAUGCUGUCGACGCCUUACAGAAGUCGUGUUUAGCGGGUUACGGAACUAAAAUAGACCACAAGCUGGCCGAAACGACGUGGGUCCACAAGAUCUUCGGUGGCCAGCUACGAUCUAGAGUGCAAUGCCUUCAAUGUGGCUACAACAGCGACACAUUUGACAGCAUCCUCGACCUCAGCAUUGAUAUCUACGGAGUCACCGGGUUGAAGGAGGCGCUGCGGAAGUUCGUCGCCGUGGACCAUCUAAAGGGCGCGGACAAAUACAAGUGCGAGAAGUGUAAAAAGGCAGUGACUGCCGACAAGCAGCUCACGAUCCAGCAGGCGCCCAUGGUGCUCACCAUCCACCUGAAGCGCUUCUCACCGAUGGGCCGCAAGAUCGGUCACGUCAUCAAGUACGAGGAGCAUCUCUCCUUGCAGCCGGUGAUGAGCGACGGGCAGCACGGCCCGUCGUAUACGCUCUUCGGCGUGAUCUCGCACGCCGGCAGUGGCCCUAACUCUGGACACUACUACGCGCAUGCCAAGGGCGCGAACGGGCUGUGGUACGAGAUGAACGACGAGUCUGUGGUUCGGUACACGGGUGUUCCCACGAGCCUGAAGAACGCUUACAUGCUGUUCUAUGUGCGGGACCGUGGUCAAGCCCUCGAGGCCGUCCUGAAUGCCCCCGCCCGACCGCCACCACCUCUGCAGAAGGCGGGCAUCAUCGCGUCGAUGAAGAAGAGGAAGGUCAUCGAGAGUGACGAUGAGGAGGACGACGUCCCGAAGGCCAAGCGGCCGUCCAUCGGCCCCCGCCUUCCAUCACCACCGCCGUCGUCGCCGUCAGCCUCAACCUCGUUCAUCGGGCCGCAGCUCCCUUCAUCUCCAAUCGGCUCUAAGGUGAAGGCCACAGAGGCAAAGCAACAGACCGGCGAUCCACAGGCGGAGCGCCUCAAGAAGAAGAUUGCCGCUGUCUCGCAGAGCCCAGGACUUGCCCUUCAGAGUUUCGUCCAAUAUGACGAGAGCGAUGAUGACAUCGGUGAGAAGGUGGAGGAUGUGGAAGUUGGCGGUAAGAAGGUGGACAAGGAGGACGCCGCUGAGGAGACGAAGGGCGAUGCAGCCGAGUCGCAGGAACCCGCAUCCUCAGCUGCGGCGCCACUUUCGACAGUGUCGCCGCCAGAGCGUACGCGAUCAUCGCCGUUGCCACCACCACCACCAUCACGGAAGUCUGCGAUCUCCGCAUCCGUCCCCACCUCGAGCUUCUACGGGACCCCAUCGGGGAAGUCGUCCUCCAGCAAAAAACGGAAGUCACCCGAGCCCGACCACGACGACGAUGACGAUAGCGACAGAUCACUCCACAAGUGGGCGCGCACGCCAUUGUCGCCCGGGCUCUCGUACUCGAGCUCAGCAAGGGAGCGGCGGGAGUCGGCUCCCCGGCAGUCGGGCGGGUCUGGCGCGGGCUUCAACCCGUACAGUGGCCGGAUGAGCAGCAACCUGCAGCACAGGGAGAGGGACCCGCCGAUUCAUCGAUAUGGGCGGCAGAGGCGGCGGUUUGCCGUUUAG